GCACAAAAUGAGCCCAAUUUUCAAGGCUCAAAUAUUAAGUUUCAUCUUAAUCUUUCCAUCUAAACCCCUAUAAAAACCAACUCUCACCACCCCAAUAGACCAGCCAACAUACACAUACAUUCAAACUUCAAAGAGAAAAUAGAUAUGGCAAUGUACAUCCAUACUAACAUCUUCCUUUUGGCCUUCUUUGCCAUUACUGUGAUUUUGUUCUCUAGUAACAUGGUUGUUGGCCGACGUUGUCAAGGUGAGCAGGAUUUGAUGUCUAAAUGUGCUGCUUUCGUUAAAAAGGAUGGUCCAAAGGCAUAUCCACAUCCAACAUGCUGCGGUGCUAUCCAGAAAGUAGACAUUCCAUGCAUAUGCAAGCAAUUGAACUCAGAGAUGGAGAAGAAGAUUGACAUGAAUAAAGUGGUCUUUGUAGCAAAGAUGUGUAACAAGCCACUGGCCCCUGGGUCUAAGUGUGGAGAUUUCAGUGUCCCACCAGUAGCGUAUAUUGGAUGAAGUGACUGCCUGCAAAUCUAUGAAGUGUGGCUUGUGUAAUGUUAUGGAUGAAAAAAAAAUGGCAUAAAUUUGGAUAUCAUAUGCUUCAAUGCUGUAUCACUACAAAUUUCUAUAAUGACAAAUAAGAAUUAUUGAAAAAGUAAUAAAUCUAUAUUCUCCAAUGGAUAUUUUAA